AAUCAUUGGUGCGAAAUUCUCAUACAAAUCUUACAAUUUUGGUAAGCAAAAAUACAACUUAUGGAACCAGUUGCGAUUGGGCCCAUUACCAACCAUGAUGACGAAAUCGAUAGAGUUCCUGAAAAGGUUACAGCACAGCAUCGCUGCGGUCACUGCCCGGUCGUUUUCCGAAGCAAAGCCCUUCUUGCUCGCCACGCCAGACAGUUGCAUCAACCGGCGAAGAAAUUCCAGUGCCCUCACUGCGAUGCUGCCUACAAUUCGUCGAAAAACUUCGCCCUCCAUCGCGCCGCCAUCCACGGUCCCAAACCGUUCAAAUGCCCCAAGUGUUCGAUCACCUUCCGUCGGCAUGCCACUUUGGUGGGCCACAUCGAGCGACACUAUGUCAGCGAGGAUCACAUAUGUGCCGUGUGUGAUAGCGAGUUUCAAUCGCUGGACGAGCUGAAAGUCCACGUCUACGAGGGCCACGAGGAGGGACUGAAAAAGAAGCAUGCCACCAAGAAAAUCAAUAUAGCGGCAUCUACAGACAAACGAACCUUCAAGUGCAAUUUGUGUGAGGACAAGGUGUUUGCCAAACGAAGCUUGCUCGAAAGGCAUUUCCUCGUACACACUAAGCAGAAACCUUUUGUGUGCGACGUCUGCGGUAAGGCCUUCAAUCAGAGGAGCACCCUCAAAACUCACUCGUUGGUGCAUAGCAAAAUACAGGAGUUCAUCUGUCUGCUGUGUGGUUUGAAAUUCUCGCAGAAGGUAAAUCUCCGGGUGCACAUGCUUCGAGUGCACCCAAAACGAACCGCUUCCCUUGCUGGCAGACUUCCGUGCCCGUACUGCCCGUGCCUAUUCAAGAAACUUGGAAGCUUGAAUGCCCACAAAACGAAAGUGCAUGCAGCCCUCCUAGCGGAAGCAACCAAAAUUCCGAAAGAAGGUUCACAGGGAAACUCUCCUAGGAAGGACGUUGAGUGCACAGUAAAUGUAAAUACUUCGGCACCGGGCAUCGUCUACAAAUGUGGUAGCUGCGGAAUGAAUUUCAACGAUAUGGUUCAAUUGAGCAAGCACAUGAGAGUACAUUCGAACGAUGUCCAUCAUUAUAGUAGGAGACUUGAUCAUCAUGCGCCGGAAAUAGUGCAGCCCGUUGUGGCUAGUCGAAGCCAAGAUCACCUUCAGGGAGCCAACGAGCAACGACGCUACCCAUGUACGAUCUGUCCCGCUGCGUUCAAGAAAUCCAGCCAUCUCAAACAGCACCACAAAUCGCACUACGGCAUCAAGGGCAAUCGCUGCGGAAUCUGCGACAAAACAUUCACCACUAGCCACACUCUAAAGGUGCACUGCAACAGCCACAGUCAGAAUUCCCAGCUUCACUACAAGUGUGAUCAAUGUCCGACCAGCUUCAGUCUGCAAUCGAGUCUCCGAAGGCACCAAAAGCUGCACGAACAUCCCGAUCGAUCCUACAGCUGUCCUUAUUGCAAUCGAACGUUCAAAUGGUUUCAAAAUUGUCGGACACACAUCAAAGCGUCCCACUCGGAGGUGGCUGGAAGUUUCCUGGAGCCGAUCGUGAAUUCUUCCGAUGUUGGUGGUACGAACUCUGCUCAACCGGAGGAAACCAUACCUAGCGUCGAAGUUCCAGAGAUGUUGAUCGACUUGAGUAAUCUACCCUCGAACGUGAGCAUUGUCGAUAUCAGCAAUCUUACCAAUUGCAUCGUAAAAAUCGAUGAUCAGCUGUAUGAACUUCCGGUGCAAAUCGAAACCAACCAUCCGUUGAAUGACGGAAUUGGCUCGACUGAAUCCGAUUUUGUAGAAUUACCGAGUGGAGAAGUGAUUAUCCAGGAUUGUGGGCAAAUGGACGAAAGCAACAAACUGAAUACCUCGGAUGGUUCACUGUAUCAGUAUAUGAACGAAACGUCUGGGGAAGGUUUCUCGCAGGAAGAGGUGCCUAAUGAUGUGGAUAUGACUAUUCUACCGGGCGGUGAUGCUAAUCCAACGAACCAACAACAGUCCAGGCCGAAGGAUAGUAAGAUUCCGAACAAGACGGAGCAGGAUCUUUUCGCAGAACUGGUUGAAGAUGGGAAGAAAAAGUACAGCUGCAAAGGCUGCCGGAAGGUGUUCAAAAAACCGGUGGACUUGCGACGGCACAUACGGACCCAUACUGGCGAACGCCCAUUCCGAUGUGAUCAGUGCUCGAAAGGCUUCACCCUGAAAACCGUUCUCCAGUCGCAUCUGAAAACGCACGAAGCACAACGGGAAAUGGUGCCCUGUCCGGAAAAAGGGUGCAGCAGUAAAUUUUCCAGCAAGACCAGCCUCGAGCUGCACCGUCGUAUUCACACCGGAGUCCGACCGUUUCAGUGCGGCGUUUGUACCCUCACCUUCAGAACAUCCGGGCACAUGCAGGCGCACAUGACAUCCCACGAACGGCUGGCCAAGCGUCGGGAGCAAACGAAUUUUGAGCUCCUGUAUCAGGAGUGAUAUUUUUUUUGUUUGGCAUGGACCAUUCUUGCAUUCCAAUCUGUGAAGACUGUGAUAUGAAUAAAUCUGUAAGCUUUCGAGUAUUGUGCAUAUGCACUACAAUGAAUGAAAUAUAU